AUGAGGUUCUCGUUGCUUGUGUCUGCUGCCGGGGUCGGAGCUGCUGCCUUAAACGGCUUCAACUCCACCGGCUCUCAAAACUCCUCCUUUGUCAAUGAGCUUCUAAAGGCCAAUUCGACGGCGGCUCUGAACACUUCCAACUCGUUCCCCGAGGAGUUAACCUUGGGCGUGUCGCAGCUCCCCAAUGUGUUGAACGAGUCGGCUGUAGACGCUAAUGCUGAGGCCAAGGGCUACCGCUUGGUCAAUGUCUCGAGAAACGCCUGUGGGGUUUCUGGAUUUUUGCGCUUACAGAAGGAAACAGACAUAUAUGGCUACGACUUUGACGUCUUGAAGUUGAAGGUCGAGCACCAGUCGAAUUCGAGACUCUCGGUGCAUAUCGAGCCUCAAAACCUUACUGACGUGUACAAGCUCCCCUCGGAGUUGGUUCCGAAGCCCGAAUCGUCAAAUGUGUCCUGUUCUGGUCUGACUGAUUUGCUUUUCAGACACUCGGGGGUCAAUGAGCUGUUUUGGUUCGAGGUGGUGAGGAAGAGUAACGCCGAGGUCUUAUUUUCCACCAAGGGCAACCCAUUGGUGUUCUCCAACCAGUUUGUUCAGUUCAAUUCGUCUCUUCCUAAAGGUCAUGUCAUCACUGGCUUGGGUGAGGCCAUCAAAGGUUUCACAAACCCUCCUGGCACUGUCAGAACACUCUAUGCUAAUGACGUCGCUGACCCUGUCGACGGCAACAUCUACGGUGUCCACCCAUUCUACAUUGAUCAGAGAUACGCCAACUUGAAUCAGACAAACGUUCACACCACACCUCUCAACGAGACUCGCUUUCCUGGAGUGCUGUGGGGCAACCAGAGCAACAGUACCGUCUCACUGUCGAACUCGAGUUUCUACGAGGAAUACUCUCCUUUGAACAAGUCCUACUCUCAUGGUGUCUGGUGGAGAACAUCGGCUCCUCAGGAGGUCAUCAUUGAGGAAGAGGCUAUCACCUGGAGAGCUCUCAAUGGAGUUAUUGAUCUUUACUUCUUCUCUGGUCCCACUCCUAAGGAUGUGAUCAAGCAGUACGUCUCUGAAGUCGGAAAGCCUGCUCUUCAGCCCUACUGGGCCUUGGGCUACCACCAUUCUCGUUGGGGCUACAGCACAAUCGACGACUUGCAAAAUGUCGUUGACACUUUUGCUGAAAAGGAUCUUCAGCUCGAGACCAUCUGGAGUGAUAUUGACUACAUGGACUCGUUCAAAGAUUUCACGAACGACCCUCACAGAUAUCCUCUUGACAAGUUCCUGGAUUUCCUUGAUCAGCUUCAUGACGGUGACCAGCAUUAUGUUCCCAUUGUCGAUGCUGCUAUCUACUAUCCUAACCCUAACAACAAAACCGACGCCGACUACCCUGCCUUCAAUGAUGGCAAUGAGACCGAUGUCUUCUUGAAGAAUCCGGACGGAUCCCUCUACAUUGGAGCCGUUUGGCCCGGUUAUACAGUGUUCCCCGACUUCUUGGCCAAUAACACUUUUGAAUGGUGGAAGAAAACAUUCAAAGACUGGUACGAGCAGAUCAAGUUCGAUGGUAUUUGGCUUGACAUGAACGAGGUAUCUUCUUUCUGUGUGGGCUCUUGUGGCUCAGGAAAAGUGGAGAAGAACCCAGUGCAUGCUCCAUUCCAGUAUGGUGGUCUUCAGGAGCAGUUCCCAGAAGGUUUUGCCACAAGCAACGCUACUGAGUACAAGCAGUUCUUGCAGUUCAUUUCGGCUUCUUCAAGUUCUUCCUCUAGUGACUCCUCGAACGACACUAAAUCGUCUUCAGAAGAGUUCUUCAACUGGAAAGCUCCAGGUAAGGGCAACAUCAACUACCCUCCUUAUGUGAUCAACCAUGCACAAGGAGAUCAUGACUUGGCCACCCACGCUGUUUCGCCAAACGCUACUCAUGCUGACGGCACCUUGGAGUACGAUAUCCACAACUUGUACGGGUAUUUUCAGACCAACGCUACAUUCCAUGCUCUUCAGGAUGUUGCCCCAGGUAAAAGACCCUUUAUCAUUUCCAGAUCCACCUACUCUGGCUCUGGUGCGUACGCUGGCCAUUGGGGCGGCGACAACUGGUCCAACUUUACCUACGCCUACUUCUCAAUUCCACAAGCUCUCACGUUGGGUCUUGCUGGAAUUCCUUUCUUCGGUGUUGAUAUCUGCGGUUUCAACGGCAACAGUGACUUGGAGUUGUGCUCGAGAUGGAUGCAAUUGGGUGCCUUCUUCCCAUUCUACCGUAACCACAAUGUCUUGGGUGCCAUUGACCAGGAGCCUUACGUGUGGGAGGAUGUGUUGAGUCAUUCGAAGGUCACCAUGGAUAUCCGCUACGCUCUUCUUCCAUACUUCUACACCUUGUUGCACGAGGCCUCCGAAACAGGUGUUCCACCUUUAAGAGCACUCUCGUGGGAGUUCCCUGACGACCCAGCUCUCUCUGAUGCCGACAGGCAAUUCUUUGUGGGCGAGGCUCUUUUGGUGACUCCCGUUUUGGAGCCCAACGUGUCCACUGUCAAGGGUGUAUUCCCUGGCGCCAACGUUACCGAUGUCUACUACGAUUGGUAUACCCACGAGAAGGCCAACUUCACCGACGGCAAAAACGAGACUUUGGACGCCCCUCUUGGGCAUAUCCCUCUUCACAUCCGCGGCGGCCACAUUAUCCCAAUGCAAGACCCCGGCUACACUGUUGCUGAGUCUAGAAACAACUCGUGGAACAUCAUUGUGCCGCUUGGAAUCGAGGGCACUGCCAGUGGUCUGUUGUACUACGACGAUGGAGACUCUUACCCUAUUGUCAAUUCCACCACCGUUGACUUUGUUGCUUCUGAGGGCUCUCUCUCUGCUUCUGCUUACGGUUACUACAGAAUCGAGCAGCCUUUGUCGAGUGUUUACAUUUUGGGCGUGGAAGACGAGCCUAACUCUGUGAAGUUCAACGGCCAGUCGGUAAGCUUUGAGUUCGCCAACAAUACGAUCGAGGUGACUGAGUUGGAGGAUCUCACAGAGAAGGGCGCCUUCUACCGUGAUUUCACGCUUACAUGGAAUUAA